CACGCGGAAGUCAUGAGAUUUCCACAGAAUAGAAAUUCUAAUUUAUUGCUUACUCAGAAAUCUUGCUUCUGCGCACUAUUUAUAGAAGGUGAGCUAGAUAAAAGGAUAGAAGGUUUGAGUUUGUCAGUCACAAUUCUACUGCUCUCCUGACAGGAGUCCUGUUUCAAGCAUUAACUUGUUUGUAAACGAAUUUCACAGCUGUAGCGAAAAGUCAACCAAAACUAGACAAGUUGAGACUUGCUGCUGGUCACUCACUUCCGGAGGUACUCGAAGGGACAAACCUACGCCUAGGAGGAAAAAUCUAGUGCUCUUUACUAGUCGAAGUUUCUCAAAAUGAAGUACAGUAUUCUUACAGCUCUAUUCGGCAUCGCCGUAAUUCCUGGCAUCCUGUGUCGUCCGGCUAGCGACCCUGCAACGCCGUGCGAUCCGGCGAAAUGCAAGCUUCCUGAUUGUCGCUGUUCUAGUACGAAAGUCCCUGGCGAUUUGCCUGCAUCGAAAAUCCCACAAAUUGUCAUGGUCAGUUUCGACGAUGCGGUCAACGGACAAAACAUAAAGUACUACCAAACACUGUUCCCUGGCGUAGUUAACCCGAACGGUUGCCCUAUCUCAGCGACGUUCUUUGUCUCGCACGAAUGGACAGAUUAUGUUAUGGUCAAUUCACUCUACCAUCAACGCCACGCUAUCUCUGAUCAUACCAUCACACAUCGCACGCCAAUCCCAUGGUGGAAAAACGCUAGCUACACUCAAUGGCAACAAGAGAUCGUAGGACAGCGUGAAAUUCUAAAUAAAGUUGGCUUCGUAGCCCUAGAAGACGUGAAAGGCUUCCGAGCUCCAUUUUUACAAAUCGGUGGCGAAAAUGAGUUUAAGGUGUUAAACGAUGCGAAGUUCCUUUUCGAGUCUUCAAUGCCCACCCCUAACAGAAACCCUCCCCUAUGGCCGUACACGUUUGACUAUAGUUCAACUCAAGAAUGUGUCAUACCACCCUGCCCUGAAGGUAUAGUGUUGUAAUAGUCAGCCAUAUAUCUGAUGUUUUUGAUGUUGUCUCCGAGUGUGUCCACACUGCGCAAACUGAAAUGUUUGCUUGCCCGCUGUGCGAAUCGAACCCGCGACCUUUAGUUUGCUAAUCACAAACAUGCUAUAUGCUUCAAUUUUUAGAUUCAUAUCCAGGAUUAUGGGAAGUGCCUAUGAUUGACUGGAUUGAUCUCGCAGGAGGACUGUGUAGCAUGGUUGACGCAUGCGCACCACCAGCCAACGAGGAAGAGGCAAUAGAACUAUAUAUGAAAAAUUUUCAAAGUCACUACGCAACCAACCGAGCGCCAUUUCCCAUGUUCUUUCACGCAACCUGGUUUGCAAAAUAUUCUCAUACACUUUCUGGUAAGCUGUUAGAGCAAGAUGAUCUAGGGUGUAGCCUGAACAAAGGGACACACCUACUUUAUUUGCAGCCUUGCAAUUUUUGGAUGGAUUAUAAGGCGGCAAAUAUUACGAAAGUCACCGAAUUAACUGUGGAAUCGCAUCAAAAAUUCGUAUAUCGACCACUCCCACAAAAACGUCUACGACCGCGCCUGCAUAGGGGGCCUAUUAUAGUUUCGCGGUUAUGCGGUUUUAGCCAUAUUUUGAGGUCGGAUUUCGGUUAUAUCCAGUUAUUUUGUACGGUUUGCGGUUAACUGGAAAUCGUGCGGAGACGGAAAAUGUCGAAAUUAGCCCUCCGGAUUCGGUUAUUGACCAAAAUAAAUCGCGGUUUUCGGAUAGUUUUUAACACGCGGUUAGGAAAUAUUUUACAAGCUCAUUGCAUUCAUCUUCCGAUCGCGCGCGUGUGCCGUUCCACUGUAGGGCCUCGAAACAGACGAAAUCAAAUGGGCAAAGUGGCCGGGCUAUUAGUAAAAUCAGGAACACGGAACACCGGAACAGCAUCAUUCCGGAAUACGGAACACCAGAACACCAAAAAUUCUUAAUUUGUUACAAAUUCGAGGGGAAAAAAAAUACCGGGGGUUGUAAAAUUCAGUUGCAGGAAAAAUUAUUCCGUAAAAGUAAAACAUGCCUUUAAAAUAGUCUGACUUGCCGAUUGCUACUAAUUACGAUCUGAAAUCAGUCUCAAAGUAAUAAAUAUUUGCCCAAAAAGAUGAAAUCAAACCUAAGCAACUUGAUUGCAUGUUUCUCCCACACAAAACAUAAGCAGUGAUGGAAGGAAAACCUUUUUAUAGCUAUUUGAACUGCUAAGACUUCGUACUUAUACUACCAAAUUCGCGUGAAACCUGUGAACGGCUCCCUCUUCAAUACUCCAAUAGAAAUGGCGACUACGUACUGACUAUUGGACCAGGUCUAUUGCCUCACAUUAUGUUGCGGCAGUGGCGUGCUGGCAGGGGUGGGGGGAGCUGGCAAUUCUUGGGGGGCCCAAAAAUGUAAAGGGGGUGCCGAUCCCGCGCCGAAUUUUGAAAGUGGGUGGGAAGAAACGCAUUCGAAAAAAUAUAGUUACUUCCGCCAAGAAAAGAUGUGUUUAUACGCUUAUAAACAGACUAAGCGCAUAGGCGAGAAAGUGGUAUAUUAAAUUACAGACUAUUUUGUCUAACCGUAUUUGCUAAUUUGCUACCUCACGGCUCACACGAAAUCGUUCAUAUAGAAACAUGACAUAAUCAGUGAUCACACGCAAUGUCUCAUUACCGGAAUAUUGAUCAGGUUUCGAAGCGAUCACGGGAAUUAUGCCCUUUUUUGCUGGUGUUAUACCCUUAUAUUAUGCCCUUUAUUGUGCUUCACGAAUCACGAGAGCGGCGCAAAUUAGAUAGUUGAAGUUAUGAUAAUGUAAAGUUGUGUACGCAAUUUAGUUGUUUGCGCAAGAAACAUCAUGAGUAAUGUAAGUAAUGAAAUAAUGAUGAAACGGGCCCUUUUGGCAGCCAGGCAAGGAAACCUUAAAAUGCAUAUGCGUGGGUUCUGUGUGUUAUUGUAUAAAAGAGCUGUAAGUUGUAAAUGUAUUCAGAUCAGUAGAGAAUAGAAUUGGGAUUAGAUUAAUUGCUGGAGGUAGUUAGCAUAUUGCCCAAUUUAAGUACUACUACUUUACUCUAACCAAAUUGCAAAUUUCGACGUUAUAAUGCCGUUUCCUAACCAUUAGAUUUCCGUCAAAUCUUCCCCCAAAGUCCAGGAAAUGGCAUUUCAGAGACUCUAAAUUCAAAAAUUUUCCUGGCGCGCAUGUCCCCGGACACCCCUAGACAAACCUCACACCUGCAGCGCUCGGCUCGUGCCUUCGGCCCUCGUUUACCAGGCGUCACAUUAUAGGGCGCAUAUUGGUUGCCAGCCCACUGCUCCCCCCAGAAAAAUAGUACCCAGCACGCCACUGUGUUGCAUGCGGAAUAUACUAUUUUGCGAAAUAUGUUACCACAUAUGCCUCGGUUUGAACGCGGUUACGUUUAAAAGAGAAAUGAGUGCGCGGUUUGCGGUUAAAAUUUGAAAAACAGCGCGGUUUUCGGAGAUGCGUACCCCCUAUAAUAGACCCCCUGCAUAUUUUUGCACGUUUACAUCCUAAUUUUAAGCAGCCAAUUACCAAGAACCUGAUUGGCUGUUCAAAAUUAGAAUUGUAAACAUGCAAAACUAUGUAGGUGCGGUCGUAGACGUUUGUGGGAGUGGCCGAUAUACGAUCGAAUUUUUGAUGCGAUUCCACAGUUCGUAAUAAGAAGAACAGUUUAGAACGGAUAGAGCUAUCCAGUAUAAGUAAAGAUAGUUUAGUCAGGGCCGCCCAGAGGUUGGCGGGGGCCCGGGGCAAAUUUUUUUUUAGGGGCCCCUAUCUAAAAAAAUUUUCCCGGAAAAAUUUUUCCGAACAACAACCUCCCCCCACCCCCCCCGUCGCCAAAAAAUUUUCGGUCAGUGUACCAAUUUAGGGGUAAAAAAAUUUUCCGGACGAGUACGUUGCAAUUGCUUUCGAGGGACUUUAUCUCAUUUUUUUAUGCAAAAAUUCGGUAUUUAGCCCAAGAAAACAGAUAUCUUGUCCUUUGCGCGGAAAUAUUUAACACACAAAAAAGGCUGGGGCCCAACAAAAAUUUUUCAGGGGCCCCCAGCAACUCGGGGCCCGGGGCAAUUUGCCCCCUUUCCCCCCCCCUCUGGGCGGCCCUGAGUUUAGUUUAGGUUUCCUCCUGUAGUAACACUGGAUCAAUAAGAGAUGAUCAAUGCAUAACUCUUACUGAACCUCUAGGGGGAGCAGUUUAGAACUGAUAGGACAUCCAGUAUAAGUAAAGUUAGUUUGGUUUAGGUUUCCUUCUGCACAAACGACACAAAAAUGAGUGACACUCAUUAGAGCUUUAGGGAGAACAGUUUAGAACUGAAGGAGCUAUCCAGUAUAAAUAUAUUUUCUAACCGAGAAUGGAACAUUACGUGACUGGAUGGAGCUAUUAUUAUGCAGAUUUAUGCUAAGUGUGGGGCCAUACUCUCAAUUCUUAUUUUAAACUUUUGUCGUUCAAGCUCUCAGCAAAUUUUUCCAACAAAUUCUCGCAAUGAAAGAUGUUUGGAUCGUGAACAUCCCACAAGCAAUUGAGUGGAUUCAGAAUCCGACAACUCUCGACAACCUUUCAGACUUCGCGCCGUGGAAGUGCGACAAGCCCGCUCCACCCUUGCAGUGUGAUGCUUCAACUCAGACCGUGUGUGGAUACGACGCCGACAGGAAACUGGUGCAGAGAGGUCAACCGGCUGUGCAUUAUUUGUUUUCAUGCUUGAAAGAGUGUUUAAAAUGUUAUCCCUGGGUUGGUGAUCCCAGUGGAACUCUAUGUUGAACUAGAACUGAUACAAUAUGAAUCAAUGAUAAUUAAAUAAUCAUAGUACUUUCAUUCUGAAUUGGUUGGAUUCUUUCAUAAAUGUUUGGCCAUUAAUUUAGGAAGUGAAGUAGCUUAAUUGCAAUCUUUAUAAGUGGCUGGGCAAACUAGCCUUGGAAAUUACGUUGUUGCGAAAACACAACUUGCGUUGCACGAAGCAUAAAUAUUGAUGUAAACUCACACGUAUGCUCUCGAGUGUAAUUCCAUAAAUUGGUUAAUAAAGAUUAUUAUUAUAUGGCUUUU